AUUCGAACGCCCAUCCGGUAUCGUUGUGUGCGUUGAACCUGACCACAACGACAACAACCGCCGACAACAUACAUCCCAAGGGAGUAUCCUAGAGCAGUGCUCUUCCUAUCGCUGGAUAUUUUCCUUUCGAACCGGUGACAACAGGAUGUCCGCUACCGAGCCAGUUGUCGUCAUUGACGGCAAGGGACACCUUCUUGGUCGCCUGGCCAGCACUGUUGCCAAGCAGCUGCUCAAUGGCCAGAAGAUCGUCGUCGUGAGAUGUGAGGCCCUUAACAUCUCCGGCGAGUUCUUCCGUGCGAAGCUCAAGUACCACUCCUUCCUCCGCAAGAUGACCCGUUUCAACCCUACUCGCGGUGGUCCCUUCCACUUCCGCGCUCCUUCCCGCAUCUUCUACAAGGCUGUCCGCGGCAUGAUUCCCCACAAGACCGCCCGUGGUACCGCCGCUAUGGAGCGCCUCAAGGUCUUCGAGGGUGUUCCUCCCCCGUAUGACAAGAAGAAGCGUGUCGUCGUUCCCCAGGCUCUGCGUGUCCUCCGCCUCCGCCCUGGCCGCAAGUACUGCACCGUUGGCCGUCUGAGCCACGAGGUUGGCUGGAAGUACCAGGACGUUGUUUCCAGACUCGAGGAGCGGAGAAAGGUUAAGAGCAGCGCAUACUACGAGCGCAAGAAGGCCGCCCGCCGCCAAUUGGUCUCGUCCCAGAAGUCGGCGGCUGUUAACGACAAGACCAAGAGCCAGCUUGCUGAGUACGGAUUCUAGAUACCUCGUUGCUCGGCCGGUUGCUUUUGUCAAUGAAAUGGUUGGGUUGGGGAUCGCAAACGGUUUUCUUUCAGCGAAGUUGAACGGGGCCACCAAAAUACCGAUCGACGUCUUUUACUUUUUUCCAUUGUCCUCCCUUAUUUCUGCUUAUGAUGGGGUACCACAAUGUCUAAUUUGUGACGGGCAAUGGGAAGAGGGCUGGAGAGACCGAUAUCUGUUUGAAAAUGAGAAACAAAGACGAAUAUUAAAAAAAUUUCAUACGGAGUCGUUUGGGAUGAACAAGGUUGUUUCAAAAUAGUUGACCCAUAUUGUUUGUUUUCGCGCCGUGGCGGUUAUAAUCCGAUUUCAUGACUACGAUACUUUUUCUAGUAACCACUUUUGUUCUCCUACUCGUACCUUUAUACAGAA